AUGGACACAGUGCCUGUGUAUCAUGGCAAAAUCAGCCGGGAGACAGGGGAGAGACUCCUGCUGGCCACAGGUCUGGAUGGCAGUUACUUACUGAGGGACAGCGAGAGCGUUCCUGGUGUGUACUGCCUGUGUGUUCUGUAUCAAGGUUACAUUUUUACAUACCGAGUGUCCCAGACAGAAACAGGUUCUUGGAGUGCCGAGACAGCACCUGGAGUACAUAAAAGAUUUUUCCGCAAAGUAAAAAAUCUCAUUUCAGCAUUUCAGAAGCCAAAUCAAGGUAUUGUAGUACCUCUGCAGUAUCCAGUUGAAAAGAAGGCCUCAGACAGAGAUACACAAGGUAAAAGAGACCAUCAUGAUGUCUUCAUGAAAGCACCAUGAAGAAAAAUAAA